AAAUGUCCGCCGCUCCACCGAAUCGGUCGGUAUAAAAAGUUAAAAAAACAAGAAACACUCCUAGUUUCGUCCAAAUGGAACGCAGAUAUACUUAGUUUCCCCUAAACUCUAAUCCGUUAGCAUAAUUUCAUUUAUAAAUUUCCAAUAUUCAACAGUGAAAUCUCUUCAGUCGAAAGCGCCCCCCGCUUACAGAAUGCUUCUCCUUGAGGCAGUCAAAAAAUUUCCUUCCAUCAUAAAUGCAAGCAUGGGUCUCCCGAAGUUGUUGUGUAUAUUACUGGUGGUGUGUUCGGUGCAGAGCCUCCAGCUGGACAGCCAGGCUUCCACCAGGAAGCCCAGGGUCACCAAGUACAGCAAAACCACGGCCAUGCCGGGAGGAUCCACGGAGCCAGCCACCGAGCGCAGCGUGAUGACAGCCACGUACCGGCUGUACGGCAGCGGCGGAGAGACCUGCAUACUGCUCACGGUGGACGCUCUGCUAGACAUCUCCUACGUCACCAAGCUCAACGAACGCGCGGACGCGAACACCUUUGUCCCCAACAACGCGAACGUGGCGGGCGCGUGCAAAGAGAGCGACCUGGAAGUGUUGGUGCUAUCCUUCAAGGAGUUCGCAUUGGAGUGGACCUUCGCAAAAACGCCAGGGGGCGAGCGUUGGUACGUGGACAGCAUACGCAUCACGUACAACUCCAGCGCGCGCAUCCUGGAGCACGCAGCCAAGCAGGGCCGGCGCGUGACCCUCACCACGGGGCCCCGCGCGCUGCUGUUCCCCACACCCGUCGGCAAGUCCUUCUUCUGUCCUGAUGAAACUGUUAUUGACAUACUCGAGGAGGAGCCCAGCAACCCAACACUAGCGCACCGAGCCAAGCUAUACCUCAGACAGAUGCGGCUCCAGGCAUUCAUGUUCAAACGCGACGGUGAGUUCGGCCCCCCCUGGCACUGCUCCGACUCUACGCGCGCGCGCUCCGAGACCGCUCCCGUAGCGGUAGGCGCUACGCUUGCGUGUGCGACCGCCUUUACUCUAUUCGGCUACACUGUGUGGCGUUAUAUCAAAGUGAAGAAAGUGCAGUACGACACCAUGGAAUGAGGGGGCUGAAUGCGUUCUAAACUUUUUUUUUUUAAAUUUCAUUUCGUUGGCUGGGCACGGUUUUGUUUAUGCGAUUACAUUAGGUAACAAUUUGCGUAUAAAAUACCCGGAAUUAUUUUAUAAUGUUAUCAAAAAGUGUUAUGUUGAUUAGCAACAUCACUUGUAGUUCUUCCAUUUUGAUCAUUUAUUCGUAUGUAUAUUUUAGUAUAUUUUAGCACACUUUUAAUGAAAUAUUUUAUAGGUUUGCCUAUAUUUUUAUCAAUUUUAAUAUAUGUGAUAACUGAUAAUUGUUAUUUAUUAAUUUUAUCUACAUAAUCUUUUUAUUUACAAAUUUAAAAAAAAAAGAUAAUAUUGCUAUCAUAUCUCUGUAUAUAAUAUCUGUGCCGUUUACUUUAUAUUUAUUGUACUAAUAGUGACAGGAGAGUGUCAAAAAAAGUUAUAUCGAUGUGUUUUCAAACUUUAUUUAAGAUAAAAAUUACUCGGUAACGAAAGAGUACAUAAUUUUGCUUUCAUAUAGGUUUUAAGUUUAAAUUAAAUUAAUGUAACGAGUUGACUUUUAUUUAAAGUUAAUGUUGACGCUAUAUUUCAGUCUUCUAGUUUAGAACGCAUUUUAAGAGAAUCAGACAUAAAUUAAAAUGCAGUGAAUAUUGAAAAAUGCGCCCAUUAGUCCCUAAAAUUGUUGAAUAUUAUAAUUAUACUGUAUAUAAUUUUAAUGAAAACUGUACAUUAACCAUAUUUAUGUACUUAGACCUAUGCAGUUGUUAAAGUCCGGACUUAUUUUACACAUCAAGUAAGAAAUAUAGGUUUAAUCCUAUUUUUAAAAUUGAAAUACUACAUUAUCAGAAAUAUCACAUUAUAAAUAUAUCGCGUACUUUGAAAAAUGGAUGCCUGAAUGUAAGUACUUCCAUUUUACAUCCGUUAAUGUAGCGUACCUACAUUAAAGUACGCUUCGUAAUAUGAUAAGUGACUUUGAAUGACUUGCGAUCAUACUUUAUUAAUAAUUUAUUGGUAUUUUAUUGGCUUUAUAGGUAUGAAAGCUAUCGUUCUAAUAAACGCGUAUACCUCAUUUAAAAUUAAAGAUUUUAUUAUCUCACAUAAAUAUACGAAUAUACGAGUAAUUAUCUCGUGUAUGUUUGGUAAUAUAUUUUCAUAGUUAGUCGCAUGUACUUGUGAUUAUUAUUCAAGCGAAGACAUCGCUUUGUUAUUAUUAACCAUAUAAGUAUUUAAUCUUGUUGUCGAUAUAUUACUUAUCGAUGCACUGCUCGUGUAUGUAUGCAUGCGAUCUCAAGUAAAUUAUUUCGGUAUUAACAUAAAGGAUUUUUGGUUGGAGUUAAGAUUUCACGUUGAAGCGCAUGAAUAUGAAAUUGUUUAUUGUAAAGAUGUAAAAGUUCUGAUAUUUUUUUAACGCGAGUUGCUUGAAAUUACCUGCAUUAGAAUAUAUUUUGAAAUCGAAGUGACCGUUGUAGUGUUGUAUGGUAUCGAUAUUAUGGUAACGAUGAAUAUACAUAAGGUAGUUAUUCAAAAUUGUUGAUGACGUUUGAAAAUGUAUAUAAGUGCACUAAAAAGCGUAGGUAAUCAUUUAUGCUAAUGAAUUCGAGUGAUUGCAUAAAACGAUACUUGCAGCGAACAACAGAGUUGGUGUUUGAUAAGAAAAUUUAUAAACUAAAAUGUAAUUGUUUAAUAAUGUUGUUGAAGGUUGAAAAUUAUGUAAAAAUAUAUAUUUAAUCCCCCAUUAAUCCUGUAGGCUAGGUUGUGUGUUGAAUUCAAUAUGAAAGUAGUGAAAGUUCGGUGAAAACGGAAAAAAGUAUGAUUUAUCUAUGUCACUACACACUACCAUUUAUUAAUCUCGUCGUUGACUAAUCAUAACAUAUCAGAUGAUGAUAAUAAUAAUACUUUAAUGGACAAUCAUUUAUGUGUAAUUAUUAUAUUAUUAAGUUUAUAUGUAAGGUAUAUGGGAGGAGUGUAUAAUAUAAUUUAUUUUUAAAUUGUUUGCGGUAUAGCGGACAUAAUGAAGAUAUUACGUGUACAAGCAAUAAGUACUUUUUUAUUGGACGCCCGUCGUAACGACAUUUAUGGCAGAAUUUGAUGUUGUAAUGUGCGCAAAACUUGGACUGUCUAGUGUAAAUUUAUUAAGUAGAAUUAACUAUAAAGUAAUAGGUUAUUUAUUAAAUAUUAUAUACUGCUCAGUUCAGGCUUAAUAAUAAAUAUGAAAAAUAGACAACCGACUUUUGUUUCUACUACUGAAAUUUUUUAUUACUCAAUUAGUUAAUAAGUUUUGAGUACAUAUUUGAUGCUUAUUAAAUGAAAUAAGGGCUCACCAAGAUUGUAUUUUACAAUUUAAAUUUAAUUUCCAUAAUAAAGUUGUAUAAAUCUACAAAGCUUCCUUGAAGUUUGUUUACCUUAAUUAAAUUUCUCGUGUUAGGAUUAAAUAUAUUUUAUAUAAUAGGUUACAACAAUGAUAGAUAUUAUAUGCCUAUUAAUAGAGUUCUUUUGUAAUAUAUUUUCCACUUUUAGAUGUAGCUUUCUCAGGUUUUGUCGAAAUGAACCAUGGCAUCCAUUAAUUUAAGAUUUUGACUUUCUUUAAGAUUUUAUUUAUACCUAACUAUUUAUUUUAACGAAAAAUGAAUUUUACAAGUGCGAAAAUAUUAAAAAACUUACAUAUUAUCAUUAAUACGUGGUCAUCUACGGUUACCAAUUUCCUCGUUUGUGUACUUUAAUAUUGAACUGCGUAUGUAUUAAGUGAGAUUGCACUCAAGCGUUCGUUGUUUUUGAGUAUACAAAGGUGAUAAUAAUUUUUAUUUUUUAUCUAUUUACUAUUUAAAUACCAUUUCUAGAUUUAUUUAUUUAUUUGUCAUAAAUGUGUAUAAUUUUAUUUCACUUGCAAAAGAGUGUAUAUAUACCAGUAAAUAACUUGAACAUAUUUUAAUGUACGGUGACUCAAGUUUACAAAGUCUGAAUUAUUUAAUGGACUACUGUAUUUUCAUAGUUCAGGUUAUUUGCGUGUUAAAAUAAUUUAAUAAAAUAUCGAUAUCGAUAAGUGAAUAUAGUUGUGUGUCUACAACACUAGUGUCCAAGUUUUGCUAGUUAAGAUGUUGUGUGUUAACGCUUUCAUAAGUCAAAGCUUUCGAUUUGUUUGAAAUGUAUCUAAUACUCAUCAAUUACUAUUGCAUAUCGUUUUAAGUAAGUAAUACUUAAGUUAUUCAUAAGUGCAGUGUGUUUUAUUGGUUUGGUGCAUUAUGGGAAAAUCUUCUAUCAAAGUUGAGUGUAAAUUACAGCUGGUUUGAGUGAGUGUGAGAGUGUGUGUGUGUGCUUGAAAGUAUAUGUUUGUAUGUCAAAACAUUACUGGUAAUAUCAUAAAAAAUAGACAAUAUUUUAGUAAUUUUGUAACAUUUUUUUUACUAAUUUAAUUCCUAAUAUUUUCAAAAAAAUUGCUGCUAUUGCUGAAGUAGAAGCUACUAGGGCUUUUUGUGUAUCUUUCUUUGGUCAAAGAUUUCCCAGAAUUGUUCCAAAAAUAAAACGCCCUGUAUAAUAUGAUAUGUGUUAUGUGAUCAUCCUGUAUUCGUAAGUUUGUAUCUUAUUUCUAAAAGGUUCGUCUUGGCGCACAUGAUUGUUUUUACGAAUGAUGACUUUUACAUCGACCGACGGCGGCAAUGUAAAAACAGUCACCCGGCUUAAAAAUACUAUAGUUAAAUGAACCACCUAAAAAAAUGGCAAAAGCCCUAAUUAAAAUAAACAUUGCAAAAAAGAGAGAAAAAAAAAUAAUUGAAAUUAAAAUUUAUUAAAAGUGAAAUUACUUUAUAUUUGCCAGUUUUAGCAGUCCACAGGUCCACAGGAGACACACGUCUCCAUCUUUAUAUAUACAUACAUACAUUCAGUAUUUUUUCAUUUUUUUAGCGUUAGGGAUGGUAGAAUAACAGUGGAAUUCAUAGGCGUUGUAGGAGCACCCUCAGGGGAUCAUUCACCCGCUAAGUGUCCAAUUCUCAAAGAAAUAGAGGUUAAAUUCGACACUCAGCGGCUGAAUGAUCCCCUGGGAGUGCCCCUACAAUGUCUAUGAAUUCCACUGUAAGAGUUAAUAAGUAACUCCAUGUUACCGUGGGCUGUUCGUAAUAACAAUCAUGUGCACUCAAUUGCAAAAAACUCGUUGAGCUUUAGCCUAAGUUAGUUAUAUAGUCCUUCCUACCUAGCUUGUGCUGUAUAUAACAUGGCUAUGUUUUUGCCGAGUGAUAAAGCGUUGUUUCAUGUAUUUUUUACAUAUGUACUUGGAUUUUUCGAUACAUUUAUGGGCAAAAUGUAUGUUGAUUCCAGUCCAAUUUUGAAAAUGAUUACCGUGAAAGGUCAAAUUGGUGUGACUUUGCAAUCAAUUUUAAUAAAUUAACUUAAUAGUAAGGGUUUUUGUGAGUAUUAUUUGUAAAUAUUGCUUCUUUCUGACUUUCUGGCUUGUUUCCCGGUGGUUUUCCACUGAACAUCAGGUGGAAAUUUUAUUUCUUAAAAAGAAACAAAUCAUUUUCUGAUAUAGGUUAGUUGGUGGUUGGUUUUCCAUGGAUUUUCCACUUAAUGUUGGGCGGAUUGUUCAGCCAAAAAAAAGCAAUAUCUAGCGGUAAAAUUUUACUAUUGUUCAAUUAUUAUGCACUAAAGUUUGAAUCCCAUUUUUAUGCCAUUAGAAUCUUAUUAAUUUAAAAUAGUUAUUUACAGUUCUAAAAAAUUUCAAAUGCAAAGUUACGCAGAUUAGUUGCUGAUAUUAAUUAAAAAUAUAUAUGUUAUUACUUGCAAAUUAUUUAUAUCAAAAAGUGUUUAUAAUUUUAUAUCUUAAGCAAUCUAGUAAUUAAUGACUACUUUACUAGUUGUUUAUCUAUUAAUUGGAUUGGAACCAGCAAUACUGAGCUGUAUUCAUCUAAUAUUGUAAAUAUUUCUUGAAUUAUCGUGUUUCGUGCCACCCUUAAUGAAAAUUUUUCAAUGUGUCUUGCACUAUUGUUUCAAUUUUUCAAUCUAAAAUGUUUGUAAUUUAUUGUAAUGGUCUAAGAACUGAUGGGAAGUUUCAAAAUAGGUAGGUACUGCAAGUGAGUUUGUAAUACGGUUCGCCGUCUAACACAUUUAAAAUUCAGUUUUUUUUUGUCAUUUGAAAAAAGUUAUUUUUGUCUCACUUUCUGUUCGGAAUAACUUAUUUGUUUGUGAAAUUCGGGCCGCAAAAUUCUACUUUACCAGCGUCGAAUUCGAAUUUCGAAUGUUUCUAAAGGCUCUAGUUUCUAAAGACUAAAGUUUCUCGUUGCAGUGAGAUGAAAAGUGCGCACGUCGUGCAUCCCGCUAUUUACAUCCCGCUACUCUUUGGAUUCAAUUGAGUGAUGUCGAUAAGCGGAUUUGUUUACAUAGUAUGUCCUUUAGUUACCAUAUUACAAAGUUUAAUUUUUCCAAGUACCGACCUCAAACAAAAUUUCCUGCUAGUUCUCAGAUCAUAUUCGUUUAUCGAAAAAAAAGGAUUCUGAAUAUUUCUGAAAAGUUUUCUAGUUAGAUGAUAAAAAGUUCUAUUUUCCUAAUAUUUUGUAUUGGACUCCCGUAGUUUUUUCCUCAAUAGUUUGGUAGUUUACGUACAUAUCGGUGCAUUUGUAUUAAAAAAAAUAAUGUACUAAAAAAAUAUUAUAUGCCAUACGAUUUGUCUUCCAGUAACAUUGAUCUUGUAACAAUAGCGUAAAGUAUUGUAGCUUAUUAUAUACAUAAAUUACUAAUUAUGGUCAUAAAGCGUGACGCGCAUGUUGGAUUUUAGAAUCGGAUAGAUAACUAUUAAAUUCAUAUAAGUUAGGUAACAGUUCACUAUUUACAGAACAGAUCGUAAAAAGGGCCAUGGUAGCACGAGUGAUUUUUGUUGCAAUAAGGCAAAGCCAAAUUGCUCAAUAGACAGCGUAGGUGCUACAAUGGCUAAUUAUGUGCAGUGGCAUACAAUACUUUUUCUACAAGCAUGAUAAAAUAAAUAAAAGAAUUAAUAAAACUUGGUAAUUAAUAUAUAAUUGGCGUUGGGCAUGGCCUCCUCGAUUUAGUAUCAGUGUGGCGUGGCCUUCCAGAUUUUGUCUUUAUGAGGAAUUGUAGCCAAUGCCAUGGAACUACUUAAAAAUUAAAAAAAAAAAUGGGGCACGGUUUACCAGUGUGGUAAUGAACCAAAUUACCAAAUGACCUGUAUGAAUAGGCUUCGUUAUAUGGUUUGAGGUUUUAUAUUCAGUAGAUUCCGAAAUGGGAGUAGAAACAAACAGUUUCUAGCCCCUUGUAUAGAUUCCGUCGAUUAUAAAAUAAAUCAAGCGCGUCUUACUAAAAGGUGGUGGUGCUAUGGUAUUUGAAAUGAGAUUCCUAAUAAUUAUAACACAGGUGUGUAUUAUUAUAUUUAUUUCAACAAUUAAUUGGCCGGCUCGGGGCCUAAUAAUAUAUUAAUUGUUUAAUAAUAAUCGAGGGAUAAUAAAUUAAUCGUUUAAGAAUUUUAGUAGGCAUUCGUCUAUGAGUUUUAUGAGACGAGCAUAUUUGGAUUUUCUAAUUUUUUUUAUUUUUAAUUGUCAAAAUCGUGGCGCUUGUCGCCGGGGCCAUGACCCCCCUUAGCCCCCCCCAUCGCUACGCCACUGGUAAGUGUUAAUAUUCUGUUAAAUGCAUAUCACUACAAAUAUAUUUUACUAAUGGUAUAAUUAUAUACAGCGUAAAAAUGGACAGUAUUUUUAAAUGAAGGGACUAAAAAGAAAUUAAUGAUACUCAUAUGCUAAAUCCAGUAGAACAUUGAUAAAAAGCAUACGCAUAAUUUUAUCUGCUUCUUUGUGAUCAUCAACAAUCUAUAUUCGGCUCACUGUUGCGUACGAGUCUCGUCUCAGAAUGGUCUCAUGAGGAUUGGCAGGCUUCACACACGCAGAGAAUUAGGUAAAUUCUCAGGUGUGCAGAUUCCUCACGAUGUUUGUCUUUCACCGUUUUUAAUUUAUUUAAUUUCUUAUAAUGCACAUAGCUAAAAAGUUGGAGGUGCAUGCCAGAUUCGAACCUACACCCUCCGAAUCAAAGGCAGAGGUCAUAUCCACUGGGCUAUCACGGCUCUUACUUAAAAUUGUCAUAGACCAAUAAUUGUAAUGCAUAAGAACAGCGAAGAUGUGGAAUGCCCUUCCGGCUUCUGUGUUUUCUAACACUUUUGAUUUUUUCACCUUCAAGGCAAGAGUGAAUAGGCAUCUUCAUUGGUUUAUCUAGGAUAACUUCCCGGGAUGGGCCCACAUAUUACUGAACAGAAUCGACACUCAAUAUAAAAACGUUAACCAUAUAUUUUGUGGACGCAGAACUCUGAUAUGACUUGACUUUUUUUUUUCUAUUAUAUCUAGGGUAGGUAUCCGAAAAGGUUUUAAUAUAUUUUUCAAAAUCUUUAUUGUAGGUUUUUCUUUAUUAUAAGUUGUAAUGGUCAUUAUUUGAUAUUUAAAAUUAUAUUUUGUGUAAAAUUAUUAGUAUUUCCGCAUCCAUCAUAGAAUUUCAAAUCGGUAGCCCAGUAUCCUAGGGUGGGCACUGGACCAUUCUUGGGUAGGCUCGACCCACCCGGCCCACCCGCUAUAUACACCUAUGGGCAUCUUCUAGGCAAGCGCGCUCCAACCGAGACCUCAUCAUUGCUUUCUACCAGGCAUGAUUGUAGUCAAACGCAAGUCUAUUCUGAAUUAAAAAAAUGUUUUAAAUUGCGUAAUACUCUUUUAAAGCUAAGCCUUUGUUAAUGUAUCUUUGUUUUACUUUACAACUAGUGAGCCAUCUACAUUUUCUGACUUCUGCAAUAAUACGGAAUUCUGUCUUCUGCAAUAAUACAGAAUCAUAAGCCUAUUAUUUAAGCUCUCAAGCUUAGCAUAUGUACGGUAUUUAAACAAUAUGUAACUUUUAUGGAGCACCAUAACUCCACCACCGAAUACUGUAUAAGUGACAUAUCUCAAAUUAUUGUAACUUAGUGCGUUCAUUUAUUAACAAUUGUCUUUAUGAAUAAAUGACGUCGAAUUAAA